UUUCAAAACAAAUAUGGCCGAAACCCACAACAGCUGCUAGAAAUUAGUAUUUUGCCACGUUUGACAGCUGUUUUGUCUUAUAUAGGUAAACAACAUUGGGUGGUGCUACCAAAACCUCCAUAAUGUCAUCUCACGGGUAUUCUGGGAGCAACUAUGACCGGUUUGUGGAGAAUCGUGAGACGUCCACCUUCCACAAGUUUAAGGAGACGUUCUGGACGACCAAGCAAGCUGUCAUACAGAAGCUCGGCAAGAAGGAAGAUGAACAUGUGGUUGCAUCGGAUUCUCAGCUUGAUGCCAAACUGGAGGUUUUCAAGGCCAUACAGAAGUCGUGCAUGGAGCUUCUGCGAGCCAUUGAGAAGUACCAGGACAGACUGUGUGCCCUAUCGAUGGAGGAGAAUGCCACAGGCCGAUUUUUGAAGGCAAACAGUGGGCAGGACAAGACAAGGGCGGGAAAGAUGAUGGCAGCUGUUGGCAAGUCACAGAGUUUCUCAGCUCAGCAGAGGUUGGCUCUGAGAGUCCCACUUGUCCGUUUGUACCAAGAGGUGGAAACAUUCCGAUACCGGGCCAUCUCGGACACCUUAAUGACCAUAAAUCGUAUGGAGGGGGCGCGGACAGAGUAUAGAGGGGCCCUGCUGUGGAUGAAGGAUGUGUCUGAACAGCUCGACCCUGACACCUAUAAACAGCUGGAGAAAUUCAGAAAGGUUCAAGCACAAGUGAAAAAAACAAAGGCACGUUUUGACAAACUGAAACUAGACGUGAUGCAGAAGAUAGACCUUCUAGCCGCGAGUCGAUGUAACAUGUUCUCGCACGUUCUCGCAAACUACCAGUCAUCCUUACUUCAUUUCUGGGAGAAAACGUCGCGUACAAUGACAGCUGUGGCAGAGAGCUUCAAGGGAUACCAGUACUAUGAGUUCAACAUUAUAAAGGAGUUACAAGAGCCAUCCAAACAUCUGUCAGAAAACACAAGAGAACCGGCAGAGAGGGAUAUCAUUCCGGAUGAUUUUGACCCUGAAAAAUAUUUGGAAGAAGAAGAUUCAAGGAAAAAGGAGAACUGUGAUAAAUGUAGGGAUAUAAAUGACAGAUUGGUUACCCUAGAAGAGGAUCCAGAAGAAGAAGCAAGAGAGGAAACCAGUCUACAAAAUCUCAUGGCUGAAACCCAUGCUAUGAACCAGGCUGGAUUGCCAAAAGAGCUUCAGAGUGGAGAUAACCAGUCCAUGCAGAACUUCCUGGAGUUUGGCACAGAGGCUACGGAAUCAAUGGAGAGUUUAAAACUACUGCCAGUACCUAAGAAGCAACAUAAGCAGAAUUUAAAUCAUGUUCCCAAAGACCUUCUGUCAGAUGAUUUAACCCAGGAUGACAAUGAUAAAGAUGACAUGGCCAUGUUGAACGAGAUUCUUAACGCUCCGUCGGGCACGGGCGAGGACGACUUCUCCCGGGAAUGGCAGGCAGUGUUCGGUCACACAGCACUGGGUACCGGAAUGGCGCUCACUCCGGGGGAAUCAGACAGGGGCAGUAACUCAGCUGGUUUCAUGCCUUCGGAUUUGCUAGAUAUGAAUGGGCAGAUGGGAGGAAAUUCUAGUGGUACGACAGGUGACACUCCUAUGAUGCCAGUCCAGAGCAGUGCCUCUCCCUCCCAGCCCAGCAGUGCACCACAAGCUGAAAACCAAGCAAAACAAACUGGUGCCAGACCCAAACAGAAAAAGGGACAGAAAUCCAACAUGUCCGCCUGGUUUGAUCUGUUCGCUGACCUCGAUCCUCUGGCUGACCCAGACUCAAUUGGCAAGCAGCAGGCUAACAAGGAUGAUCAGUGCAUGGGAUAGUUCCACUGGCUCUAGAAAAGUGACAUGCGCAUGGGAUAGUUUCUGACCUGUUCAAGAGCAAGGGAUAGGUCCGAAUACAUAUGUAUAUAAAGUAGUGUUGACACGUUUUGUUAUGGACAGAAUUGUGAUUACAUCAUUUGUGUAAUGUGAAAAAAUUAUUUAAUUGAAUCUCACAUGUGUAUAACCGGGUCUCAUUAAAAGGAUUCAAGGGAAAUAUUCCAUGAAAUCUCUUCAAGAUCAAUCGAAAGGAAGCACCAACUAUUCUACCAGAGUUAAGUUUAUUCAGCUUGGAAGUUUAACGUAUUAGAUGAAUAUUGCAGAUCUAAGACUUACACUGAAGCCUAACAUAAAAUAUUAAUGUGUAGAAAUGGUAAGGGAUAUGCCAGUAAAACAUAUAUACCCCGGGGGGAAGGCAAUUAUAUUUUUAGUAUAUUUGUGGGUGUCUUUUUGCUAAUUUGGACCCCAAAAUGGAAAAUUUGCUUCUGUAGGGGGGUGUCAUAAUUUAAAAGUGCCUGCCCCCCGGGGGUUAUAUGUUUAAUGGAAUAGCCCUAAUUAUAUAAAGCUUUGUUUCACGCUAUUGUUUCAUACUGUUGUCCUUGUAACAGCUUCUGUGCGAUAUGUAUGAUGAUCAGUCCAAAAAUCAUGACCCAUAUUCACUUGAGUCUGAGUUUGGUAGUCAAGGCCCAAUUUCUAAAAAAACAAAUAAGCGUAACUCACAUUUGUAUCUUAUUCCAAUUAGCAAAAUAACUUUCUUAGAUAUGAUUUCAUAACACAAGAAGUAGUUUUUCUUGUCGAUCUCAAAUAUUAUUUCCUUUACAAGCCUCCAAACCCUUUAAAGAGAAUAUUACAUAAUUUAUACCAAAUCAAAAAUAGUGUGCUUAGCGUGUUCCUGUUAUAAGGGAUUUAAGAUGUUUCGAGAAAUUGAGGCCAGACCCAGAAAAGCGUGGUUUAAAAAAGUUACAAAUUAUCUUGAAUAUAACUGUUUUUUUUCAAAAGAUGAGGUCAUAUUUGUAAAACAUAUUUUGCUAACACCUGCAGCAAUUUGUUCUAUUAUUGCUCUUCUAAUAGCAAUUAACAAUAAAAAGAUAUACAGUUUUGAUUCUUUAGUCUCAAACUCGGGCUCAAGAUGUUAGAAAGUAUAGGGCCUGGGCCCAGUUUUGAUAAAGGAACUAAAUAAUUUCAAAAAUCUUAAAGCUGCACUCUCACAUAUUGACAGUUUUGAUAUUUAUUUAUUUUGUCUCAGAAUCAGCUGAUUUUGGCGCCAAUGCCUUCAAGUCAGUCAUAAAAGAUAACUCACAAUAGAACAUAUUUCAAUUGUUUGGAAAACUGCUGAAGAUUUUAUUUUUCUUAAAGCAUUAGUAAUUUUAUUAGAUAUAAAACAUAUUUUUUUUUAACGUGAAAACUUCAAUCUGCUCUUAUGUUAUGCGAAAUUUGCCUCAUUCUAAGACAUAAAUUAUAAAAAGUUUCUCAAAACAAAUGUGUGAGAGUGCAGCAUUAAACUGGUAGUAACAUCACAGAUGUCAAUAAGUGGACUUUUUUGUUUCCUCAUCUUUGGUAUCAACUUAAACUAGUGGUCCAAAUCAGCACAAGUCGCAAGCCAUGCACUGGUAAAAUUCUUUCUGUUCUGGCUCAAAUUUUAGAUUGUCUGUAGCAAGACUUGUUGAUUUUUUAAUGUAACACAGAAUAAACUAAAGAAUUCGGGCUUGUUCAUCAAAGCAUUGUACUUUUUAUGACCGUUCAAUAUUGAUUGUAGCUCUAGGGUGGUACUCAUUAAACUUCUAAGUAAUUUCUAAACUUAAGUUCCUUUCUUAUCUAAGUAUCUCUUCAGUCAUAUGAAAUAAAACUUUUCCAAAAUAUAUUAUUUUCAGUGAUCUUAUUGCAGAAAAACACACCCUUUAAUGUUAAAAACACAUACAUACAUUUGAUUUGAGUAUGAAAAAUUGAAGAAUUUUACUUUAAAGUUAGGAAAUAACUGAGAUGCUUUAUGAAUACAGCCCGUGUUCUCAGAAGUAUAUAGCAAAAUAACACAAACUUAUAACAUGGUCUUUAUUGAAACAGGUGUCUAAUUUUUCAGUUGUAGAAUAUGUCAUUUAACAUAAUCUUAUAAUUAUGAUUUUGUUGACAAUUCAUAUGUAAUAUGCAAUGUAUUCUUUCCCUAUGAUUGUGUAAGAUUAUGGGAUAUGAUGUUUUAAUGUCGAUUUUCUUUUUGUACACAGAGGAAAAUUUGAAUUGAAGAGCCAGCUAGAUUAAUCGUUAUGAAGUAUAAAUCAUAUAAUGUCAUUACUUCUACCAUAUAUGUCUCCUUUUUUGUACAAAAUAAUAUAAUUAUUGAAUCGAAGUCUAUAACCAUUAGUAUGGAAGGUAAUAAUAUGAAAAGGAAAUCUCCCUAUUUAUUAUUGGUUAUGAAUAUUUAUAUCAGUGUGGUUCGGCAUCAUGACAACGUGAAUACCGUAAUUAUUCUAUUAAUCGCCCGGGCAUUUCCUGAGUUCAAAGUAGGGGAUGGGCAUUAAUUAGAGACAAUUGCUUUUAAUCAAGAUGAAAAUUGGUCAUCAUUAUAUUUGGGCGUCAAGACAAAAAAAGUGAAGUAAGAUCAGUAUAUAAUGCAGGAUAUCAGGAAACUCGUUGUUAAAGGUAUGCUUUUAAAAAAAAAAAUCGGGGCGUGGGCAUUUUAAGGAGGCAAGGUUUUUGCCAAAAAAAAUAAAAAAAAUGGUCGUUUUCAGGCCAAAGACUGGGGGUGGGCGUUUAUUAGAGGAUGGGGAUUAAUAGAAUAAUUACGGUACUUUGUUUUUAUCUUCAGAAAUCCAUAGAGUUGUGAAAUAAAAAGCUACAUAUCGUCACCUUAGUGCAAUAACUCAAUAAAUGCAUAUAGAAAUAGAAGCAGAUAUGGAGUUCUUCACUAAGGCGACGAUAUGGUCUUUAUCUCUUGCAACAGAAUUGGUGAUAUUUUAUUGUCUACAAUAGAUACAUUUUAUACCUUGAAAUUGUAUAUUGUGAAAGAGGUUCGCAAGCUGUUAAAUGUAUCUUUUUACAUAACUGAUAAGUUUACAUACAUGUAAUUAUGUGAGGUCCAAAAUUUGAUAUUUUGUUUGAUAUUGUUAAUGAUUGAAACUUAGGGACUAGACACCAUAUGAUAUAAUUUCAAGAAAAAAAUUGUCAAAAACUUACAAAAAUUGUUAUCAUUGUGUACAACGCAUUGAAUCUUACUUACUGAUGUAUGAUAUUGCAAACACAUGUAUUUUUCACAGCUUUUGCAUAUUUAUUUGCAUAUUUAUUCAAUUGAAAUUUGCUGGGGUUGUCUACCACGUAACUACGUUGGUAUUUAUAUAUAUAUAUAUAUAUCUGUACUAAUCACGUGACUUUCACGAGCUUAACAUUCACACUAUUAACUGGGAAACCAUUACCGGUAUGCGCUAUUUUUAAAUGGUAAAACUCAGCUGUGGCAGCGACAAAGUAUUCUUUUAAUCUUGUAAUGUAAUGUAUAACGGCCUCAUACUAGCUCGUUGUGACAAUUCUAGGCUUGUUUUGAGGACAUACUGUAUUUGCGAAUUUUGGGACCAUCUGGUGUCUAGUCCCUUUGAUAUAAUAGGUUAUUGAUACAUAAUCUGCAAGUUACGCAUUCCAUUUAUCUUUGUUUUCACCAUCUUUUUUAUUUUUAUUUUUUGUUGCAAUAUAACCAGCUAUGUGUUUGAAUUACGCAUUUAUUUUUGAUAUUUUAUUCACACACUAUAUUUUUUUUGUGCAAUAUAUUUUCCAUAAAUAUUUAUUUGAAGAUCUGAAUUGCAUAAUGCUUUCAUCUGCAUUUUUGGCCAUGUUAUGAUUCAGUCAUAUUAAAUUGAUUUUUAGGUUGUCUGUUUUUGAAAGAAAAUUUGACAAGGUAAAAUAAUCAGCUUGGUUUCACGGUUGGCAUACAAAAACUUUAUCUUCAGCCAUAAGUGAAGAUUAAAAAUAUUUAAAUGAAACUUGGUACACAUGUUGCCAGAGAAAUUACGAACUUGUACAGCUGGGCCCAUUACCCUGGCUUUAAUUUUUUACCUAUGCCCCUUUUUUGGCAGAAUAACAAGACAGCGUUUGCUGGCAGCACUCUCGUUGUGUUCAUUAUCACAUUUCACUUUAAAAAAUAGGCAACUAGGCAGAUCUUUAUUUCUCUAGACGGUACAUGACAUAACUCUGGCUUUUAUAAUUGCUGAGUUAUGCACCUUUUUUGACAGAAAAACAAAAGUUGGCAUUAGCGGAGUAUGCAAAAUCUUUAGCCCUGGCAAUGACUAAAAAACCUCAAGAUAUUUAAAUGAAACUUACACAUGUGUCCAGAGAGUAUAACCACAAGAACAGCAAGGUGCUUAAGAUUCUCAUUCCAAUAUUAAAAGAUAUAUUUGUCACUGUUUAUUAAUAACUUGCCAAUAACAAUUAAUUUUGUUUGUUUCCAAUUUCACUGCUCAAAAAUAGGGUUAGUAGGUCAAGGUAUUUUUUUAAUUGAAUAUUUAUUUUAAGGUUCCAAGUGUUGUGGUGACAAUCAUUCAUUUUUACACCCAGUACCAUUGACGUUUUGUCGGGAUCAAUGUUAACUAGAUGCUCUAUAAAAAAACAGUAAAUUCAAGCAUUUUCACAGUACAAGAAACACCUAAAAAGAAUUAAUUAUUGAAGGCAGGAAAGUGAAAACAAACAAUAUAAUUUGUUAUGCCUUAUAAUUGAUUGAAUUCGCCGACAACAAAUCACCUUCCAAUGUUUUAGUUGCUACUUAUAAUCCAAUACAUCUAUUGCCAUUCCUAGAAUCUUACAUUUCCGAUCUUACAUGCAUUGACCAUAACUAUGUAAAAAGUAUGUGUUGUUAGUCCAUGUGAUUACAUUCCUAUACUAUGGGUAGAGUUUUGUUGUAUGUUCUUUUUUCUGUUGAUAUUGUAUGAUUAAAACAUGUUGAAGAAAAUAAAAGAAGUAAA